AUGUUACCGAUUGAGGCAUUUACGUGUUUCCCCGGUCAGAUGUGGGACAAAGUGUUGUCAAAGGUAAAGAAAGCUGUUGUUUUCAUGGACGACAAGUGUGCUGAGAGUCUUCAUUGGAACGGUGGAGCUACCAGUGUAUUUGAGGCUGGUGCUCGUAAUUUAAAAGAGUUUUCAAGCUUCGAAGCCGGUGGUGAAAACGAACCAAAGGCUGUGUUUGUGGUGAGCACUCUGCUGAAGGGGAGGACAGCUGACAUUAUCAAAGACAUUAUUGGCCUCAGUCACUUUCAGUAUUGUGUUGUUUUCACCACCGUAGCCCACUCUAUACACCUCCUCGCUAACAAUGUCACUGCUGAAUUAGAGGGGAACCCUGUGUUCGAGCAGUUUGAAGAGAAGCUGAGCGAAUGGAUGGGAGACAUGAACUACACCGCUGAAGUCAUACAUGCGCCCGUGGUCUUCGCUCCGGUGUCACCACAGCUCCUUCUCGCGCCAACCUUCGCGCACCUGUUCCCGCUGUUGCCACAGGACCUCAAGACCAUCAAUAUAAAGCGACCAGAGAAGAAGAGGUUUGUCAGUUUGACUGAUGUUGACAUGCAAUCUCUUACUCCGGCGUUGCAGAUUGAAAUUAAAACCUUGGCCUCUGCGGUUAAUUCCAUGUUUGAGUCCACCAGCACCCGGGAGGAGAGCUUCGCAGUGGGUCCAAUGAGCCGUCUCAUCGCUGGGGAACUGGCCAAUCAUCCUCAAGCCAAAAGCCGCAGAAAGACUGCCCCCAAUAAAGCAUCCAUCGUCUUCAUCGACAGGACACUGGAUCUAACAGGUGCAUGCCACAGUCUUGUACAAUUUCUGAUGUCCAUACACAUGUCGAGCUGCAGCAGAGUCAAACUGAAACACAUAUGCACACUUUCCCGACAUCUCAAUUACAUAAUCUUGCUGCACCUCCCUUCCUAACAGAAAGGGUAUUUGAUUGUGACACUUCCGUACUCCCAAUUCUAUUCGAUUUACACACAAGUUCAUGUUUACUUGGACUAUGUUGUUGGUUUACAUUUCUCGAUGUUUGUCCUUGUCCUCAGGAGCUGCUGGUCACCAUGGUGACAGCCUGGUGGAGAAGAUCUUAACUGUGCUGCAGCCUCUGCCAGGACACACCACUGAUGUUCAGGUGGACAUACUAGAGCUCACUAACCUGCAGCGCAUCCCAGACUCCCAACCUACCCUAGCUCCAGGCUGCCUGGCACAGACCCAGUGA